AUGGCCAGUACAGUCGGAAAGACCAUCACUUGCAAGGCCGCAAUUGCCUGGGCAGCAGCAGAACCCCUUUCAGUCGAGAAUGUCGAGGUCGCACCACCAAAAGCUCAUGAAGUCCGCAUCAAGAUCCUCCACACAGGUGUUUGCCAUACUGAUGCCUACACGCUUUCCGGCAAGGAUCCCGAGGGCGCUUUCCCUGUGAUUCUGGGUCACGAAGGUGCCGGUAUUGUUGAGUCUAUUGGUGAAGGUGUUACCAAUGUUAAAGUCGGUGACUACGUGAUCGCUCUCUAUACGCCGGAGUGCGGAGAAUGCAAAUUUUGCCGGUCCGGGAAGACGAACCUGUGCGGUAAGAUCCGGGCCACACAAGGCCGCGGCGUAAUGCCCGAUGGGACAACCCGCUUCAGAGCCCGCGGAAAAGAUCUCCUCCAUUUCAUGGGCUGCUCGACCUUUUCUGAAUACACUGUCGUCGCCGAUAUUUCAGUUGUCGCGGUCACUCCCUCUUGCCCGACGGACCGCUCGUGUCUUCUAGGAUGCGGUAUAACGACCGGUUACGGUGCUGCUACUGUUACGGCCAAUAUUACAGAAGGAGCUAAUGUCGCUGUCUUUGGAGCUGGCUGUGUCGGUCUAUCGAUUGUCCAGGGCGCGGUGAAGCAGAAGGCCGGAAAGAUUAUUGUCGUGGAUAUUAAUGAUGGAAAGGAAGCGUGGGCUUAUAAGUUUGGCGCAACACAUUUCCUCAACCCCGCUCGACUAAGGAAGACCGUUCAGGAUGAGCUUAUUGACAUGACUGACGGUGGAUGCGACUACACAUUCGACUGCACCGGAAAUGUCAGCGUCAUGCGCGCUGCGCUUGAAGCCUGUCACAAGGGCUGGGGUGAGAGCAUCGUCAUUGGCGUUGCUGCUGCUGGUCAAGAAAUCACAACCAGGCCAUUCCAACUAGUUACCGGUCGCGUCUGGAGGGGAUGCGCUUUUGGAGGCGUCAAGGGUCGUUCCCAGCUUCCGGCUCUUGUGGAGGAUUACUUGCGCGGAGACUUGAAAAUCGACGAAUUUAUCACACACCGUGAGAAACUGGCCAACAUCAAUGCCGCUUUCGAACAGAUGAAGCAAGGGGACUGCAUCCGAUGCGUCAAAUCCGCCAUGUCUGUCUCCCUCCACCCCCUCGUUGACAACGGCCUCACCAAAGGCAACGAAAACUUCCCUGGCGGAAACCUCUACUGUCUCUGCCCUCAGAACAAAGUGACCGUCACUCUCAAGAGCAACGUCGCCCACAACCACGCCUGCGGAUGCUCUAAGUGCUGGAAGCCCGCUGGUGCACUCUUCUCCGUCGUCGGUGUGAUCCCCAAGGAGAACCUGGCCGUGACUGCGAACGCAGAAAAGCUCAAGAUCAUCGACGAGGCUGCUGCUAUCCAGCGUUACGCCUGCAAGGAUUGCGGUGCUCAUUUGUUCGGACGCAUUGAAGUUGACCACCCCUUCAAGGGACUGGACUUUGUUCACGUCGAGCUUUCGGACAAGAAGGGAUGGCAGGAGCCACAGUUCGCUGCUUUCGUCUCCUCCAUCAUUGAGCAGGGCUUCAACCCCAGCGGAAUGGAUGCAGUUCGCUCCAAGUUCAAGUCGGUCGGCUUGGAGUCUUACGAUGCCCUGUCCCCGCCUUUGAUGGACCUCAUUGCUACCUACACUGGCAAGAAGAACGGAAAGCUUUCUGCCAACCUGUAA